GAUGAUGAUAUUAAUAAUGAUGAUUUCCAAUUGCAACUCAAUAAAGUUCGGUCUAAUAAACCACUAAUAGAAACUUCACUGAGAGGCGAUCCCACCUUACAGACCCAAGAUAUGUUGGUGCAUAAAUGGCUAAAUAGUUAUUCACCAUCAUCACCUACUCAUUCCGAGCAUAGACAAGAUAUUGUCUCGGAUUUUUAUCUUCGACCAAGUAACGACACGGAUCGAAGAAAGCAAAAGGAUAGGCAACAGAGACUACAUUAUUUACUAAAACAUAUAUGGAAAGGCAUAUAUAGAGCAAACCUAAUCGCUCCUGAAGUAAUUGUUGACUGGUGCUGUGGCAUAGGUGUGUGGGAUAUGGAAAUGGCCACUCUGUUUCCGCAGGCGCAAGUCAUUGGUGUCGAUUUCAAGGAGGCCACACUGUCGAAUCUGCAACACGAGUGCCCAAACCUUAAAUUUAGACACGUUGUCAUACAUACCUAUUCUACAGGCUUAGAGAGUUUUGACGAUAGUUCGGUUGAUUUUGUUAUGAUGAGAGAUGUUUGGUUUAUCAAUGCUCCGCCAUCCAAAUGGAUAAAUGUCUUGAAUGAAUCCUUUCGAAUUUUAAAACCGGGUGGCUGGAUAGAAAUGUCAGAACAUUCUUUGGGUGUACUAUCGCCAGGCCCUUGCACCCAUAAAGUAAAUAUGUUCUUCAGAAAGUUUUUUGAAGAUGCUGGUGUGGAGGCAGCCAUUGCAGUCAAACUGAAUCAGUUUUUAGAGGACACUGGAUUUAUAAAAAUUACCAAAAAGUCAAGAGCAGUGCCGUUAGGUGAAUGGGCAGAUACAGAUGAGUUAAAAUUGAUCGGCUACCUGUCAAAAGAUUGGUUAGAAAGAGGUCUGCGAAACCUUUCAAGCUGGAUAUGCAGUAUAAACAGUGUCAGUACACAAGAUAUAAGUCGUCUUAUUACUGCAAGUAUGGAAGAAGAACUCGAUGAAUAUCGUUCUUAUAUGGAGUGGACAUCUUACACAGCGAGAAAACCACUCCAUGAUGGGCCACAAACUCCGACAGCAAAAAGUCGCCCUCCCACACCACCCACUGACAGUUCAUCUAUUUGUAGCAAACAUUCAUAAGCCAGGAUUUUGAUAGUCUUGAUUUAAAAUAAUAACAGGUGUAUUUUUAUAGAGUGUACGUCUAAUAAAGAGAGAAAGAGCGAAAUAAAGACCCAUAAUGCAUAAACAGAGUUUAAAAUAUAUUUGAGUUUGAUUUCUGUGUUCACUUUUUAGGCUUUUGUAUAG